AGUACAAUGCAUUGAGCUGUAAGCUUGCAAAAAGCGUGAAAAAUCGACAAUAACCCGACUCUAAAAAGUGCCUUUAAUUUUACAUAAUCGCAAGUACGUAGUUGCAAACAGAUUUCAAGCGCGAGGUAAGAUCAGUAGAUAUGGGCAUUCCGGAUAUUCGUCAGCUGGUCACUUUGGAGUUCGAGGUCUUUGGACAUGUGCAAGGCUGCUAUCUCACGAAAGAUACGAGAGAUCGCUGCACGAAAGCCGGCAUUACAGGCUGGGUGAAGAACACAAAGCAGGGCACAGUGGUGGGUAAGAUGCAGGGCCCUAAGGAGGAGGUGGAUAAAAUGAUCACCUGGCUAUCCAGCGAGGGUUCUCCAGGCUGUCAAAUCGAACGCUGCGAGCUGCGAAAUCAAGGCAAUUUAAAUCGGCUGGACUACAAAGACUUCGCCAUUAGAUUUUAAUUGUGUUGCCCAUGUGCAAAUAUUGUGUGUAAUUUGUAGUUUCUGUGUUUGUUAUGUGCAUUACUUUGAUAAGUUUGUAAAUAAAUAAAUAAACAAAACACGACCUAA